GAGACGGGACUCGCUUGGCUUGUGCUCGGCAGGCAGGGACCAUGCAGGGCAGCCCCGCCGCGCGGACUCUGCUGCCCGCGCUGCUGAUGCUGCUGCUAGUGGCGGGCAGGGGCGGCGGGGUCCGGGCGCAGCAGCCGCCCCCGCCGGGCAGCCCCGCGUUCUCCUACCCCUCGGCGCUGGGACCCCCGGAAGACGCCUCCAUCGUGGUGGCCAACCGCGGGCUGCGCGUGCCCUUCGGCCGCUCCGUCUGGCUGGACCCGCUGAGCGACCUGGUGCUGCAGGUGCAGCCGGGGGACCGCUGCCACCUGCGCGUCUUGGACGACGACCCCCUGUGGCUGCGCCCGGGCCGCCUGACCCCGCCGCGCUUCCCUUGCGACUUCGGCCCCGGGGAGGUGACGUACUGGCACCUGGGCUCCCGCAGCCCGUCCCGGGACCGGGUCCGCCUGCAGCUGCGCUACGACUCGCCCAGCCGCGCCGUGGUGCUGCCCCUGGCGCUGGAGGUGGAGGUGCUCUUCGCCCAGCUGGAGAUCGUCACCCGCAACCUGCCGCUCACCGUGGAGAGCCUGCUGGGCACCAGCAACGCGCUGGACGGCCGCAGCCUGGAGUUCGCCUUCCAGCCGGGCAGCCAGCGCUGCAGGGUGGGCGCCCUGCCGGGGCUGGGCGGGCUGCCCCGCUACGGGGAGCUCCUCAGCCUGCCGGCUGCCCCGUGGCAUGCCUCGGCGGCCGGCGCCCCGUCGCCCUCGCUCUGGUGGGAGUGCGAGGAGUUCCUGCGGCUGGGGCUGCGCUACCGGCACGCGGCGGCCGGCCGCUCCCCGAACCGAGACUCGCUGCCCCUGGUGGUGGAGCUGCGGGAGGCGGCGGGCGCCGGCGCGCUGCUGAAGCGGGAGCAUUUCCAGGUGCUGGUGCGGAUCCGGGCGGGCGCCGAGAACACGCCGCCCCGGCCCAGCUUCGUGGCCAUGCUGAUGAUGGAGGUGGACCAGUUCGUGCUCACCGCCCUCACCCCGGACAUGCUGGCGGCCGAGGACGCCGAGUCGGCCCCGGACCUGCUGCUCUUCAACAUCACCUCCCCCUUCGGGCCGGGCCAGGGCCACGUGGUCAGCACCGACGACCGCAGCCUGCCCAUCGCCUCCUUCAGCCAGCGGGACGUGCGGGAGCUGCGGGUCGCCUACCAGCCGCCGGCGGAGGACUCGGCCCGGGAGCGGCUCUUCGAGCUGGAGCUGGAGGUGCUGGACCCCGAGGGCGCUGCCUCCGAGCCCUUCGCCUUCAUGAUCGUGGUGAAGCCCAUGAACACGCUGGCGCCCGUGGUGACCCGCAACACAGGCCUGGUGCUCUACGAGGGGCAGUCGCGGCCGCUCUCCGGCCCGGGCCCCAGCCCCAGCCUGCUCAUCAGCGAUGAGGACGACCUGGAGCAGGUGCGGGUCAGUGUGCUGGCGGGGCUGCGGCACGGGCACCUGGCCCUGCUGGAGGAGCCCCUGGCCCUGCUGGGGGAGUCCCAGGCCCGCAAGCACUUCACGGUGGCCGAGCUGAUGGCUGGCCGCAUCAUCUACCAGCACGACGGCAGCGAGUCCCCGCUCAGCGACAACCUGGUGCUGCGGCUGGAGGACGGCGGCGCCCGGCACCGUGUCGAGUUCCUCUUCCCCAUCACCCUGGUGCCCACCGAUGACCAGCCGCCCCUGCUCAACGCUAACACGGGGCUGUCCUUGGCUGAGGGCGACAUGGCCCCCAUCCCCGCCCGUGCCCUCAGCGCCACCGACAUCGACUCAGACGACGCUACACUGCGCUUUGUGCUGGAGUCCGGGCCCGGCGCAGGGCAGCUGCUGCUCCGUCAGGCCCAGCCACCCCCGGGCUGGGAGGGUGAGAAUGGGGGCUCCCCCUGGAGGAGGGUGCUGGGCUUGCCUGGGGAUCCCCCAGUGUACGAGAGGCUGGUGAGUGAGUGGCUGCAGCAGGACAUUGUGGAAGGGCGGCUCUUCUACCAGCACCUCGGGCACCCCGGCCCCAGGGUGGUGCUGGACCAGUUUGUCUUUAGGGUCCAGGAUGACAACGACCCACCCAACCGCUCUGGGCCCCAGAGCUUUGUGAUCCGGGUGCACCCAGUGGACCGCCUGGCCCCAGUGCUUCAUGGUGGCAGCAGCCUGCGUCUGGUGGUGGCUGAGCAGCAGGUAACCCCACUGCGGAGGAAGCACCUGCGCUAUACAGAUCAGGACUCUGGGGACCGGGAGAUCCACUACACCGUCACCCAGCCCCCCACUGACACAGACUCCAACCACCCCGGGGGGGCCAAGGGCACCCGCCUGGGAUCACUGGUGCUGACUGAUGACCACUCAGUGGAGGUGAUGCAUUUCACCCAGGCCCAGAUCAACCACCACAAGAUCUCCUACCGGCCCCCACAGCAGGAGCUGGGGGUGGCUCCCCGCCUGGCUCAGUUCCAGUACCGGGUGGAGGAUGCAGCUGGUAAUGCUGCCCUAGGCACCUUCACCAUCUACCUGCAGCCCAUAGACAACCAGCCCCCUGAGAUAACCAACAGCGGCUUUACUGUGUAUGAGGGGGGAAGGCAUGUGCUGGGCCUGGCUGAGCUGGAUGCUAGUGACACUGACACUGAGCCCACUCACCUCGAGUUCACCCUGACCCAGGCUCCCCAGCAUGGACAAUUGCAGCUCUCUGGGCACAGCCUGGCCAUGGGAGCAGCCUUUGGUUUAGAGGAUAUUAAACAUGGCAGGUUGGUCUAUGUGCACAGUGGUGCUGAGUCUCACAAUGAUGCCUGUAGUCUGGAUGUGACUGAUGGGGUCCAUGUGGUGCCCAUCACACUGAAGGUGACCGUGCACCCUGUGGAUGAUGAGGUGCCCACCUUACGGCUGCCCCCAGGGACACUUGGCUCCUACUUGGACGUGCUGGAGAAUGGUGCGGCUGAGAUCACCGCUAAUGUCAUCCAGGGCACGGAUGAGGAUACGGAUGAUCUGAUGCUGACUUUCAUUGUGGAGGACCCUCCCCAACAUGGGGACAUCCUGUUCCAGGGUGUGCCUGCAGAAAGGUUUUCCCAGAGAGACGUGCUGGAUGGGGCUGUGGUAUAUGCUCACACAGGUGGUGAAAUAGGGCUGCUGCCCAAAGAAGAUACUUUUAACCUCACUCUUUCUGACCUGUCUGAAGAGUGGAGCAUUGGGAGCAAUGUUGUUCAGGGAGUUUCAGUGCUGGUGACCAUCCUUCCUGUUGACAGUCAAGCCCCUGAGGUUUUUGUGGGGGAACACUUAAUGGUAGUGGAGGGUGACAAAAGGGUCAUUACACAUGCCCACUUAAGGGCUGAAGAUGUGGAUACACCCAGUGAUGAUAUUCUGUGCACCAUAGUUGCUCAGCCCACCUCUGGUUAUGUAGAGAACAUCUCUCCAGCCCUAGGAUCUGAAAAGUCCAGAGCAGGUACAGCUAUAAGUGCCUUUACUUUGAAAGACCUCAGGCAAGGGCACAUUUUUUACGUUCAAAGCAUCCAUAAGGGUGUGGAGCCUGUUGAAGACAGGUUCACUUUCCGCUGCUCUGAUGGCAUUAACUUUUCCGAAAGGCACUUCUUCCCCAUUGUCAUUAUUCCAACCAAUGACGAAGAGCCUGAAAUCUUUAUGCGAGAGUUUGUAGUGAUGGAAGGCAUGAGCCUGGUUAUUGAUACUCCCAUCCUCAAUGCAGCAGAUGGGGACAUCCCUGCUGAUGAACUGACCUUCACUAUCACUAAGUUUCCCAAGCAUGGCCACAUUGUGAACCAGCUGAUCAAUGGGACUGUCUUAGUGGAGAGCUUCACCCUGGAUCAGAUAACUGAGAGCUCCAGCAUUAUCUAUGAACAUGAUGACUCUGAAACAAAGGAAGACAGCUUUGAGGUGAAACUCACAGAUGGUAAACAUGCUGUAGAGAAAACUGUGCUCAUCAUGGUUAUUCCUGUGGAUGAUGAGACACCCAGAAUGACCAUCAAUGAUGGGCUGGAAAUUGAAAUAGGGGAGACUAAAAUCAUUCACAACAGAAUACUGAAGGCUACUGAUCUAGAUUCUGAAGAUAAAACCUUGACUUAUGUUCUAAGGUAUGGGCCAGGACAAGGGCUCUUACAAAGAAUAAAACUUUCAGGUGGGGUUGAGAAUAUCACUCUUGGAAUGAACUUUACCCAAGAUGAAGUGGACAGAAAUUUAAUUCAGUACAUGCAUUUUGGCCAUGAAGGUAUUCGGGAUCUUAUCAAAUUUGAUGUUACAGAUGGGAUAAAUCCUCUCAUUGACAGAUAUUUUUAUGUGACCAUAGGUAGCAUUGAUAUUGUCUUCCCAGACGUGAUCAGCAAAGGGGUGUCCUUAAAGGAAGGGGGGAAAGUUACACUUACCACUGAUUUACUGAGCACCAGUGACUUGAAUAGCCCAGAUGAGAACUUGGUUUUCAGUAUUACCCGGGCACCUGUUCGUGGCCAUCUCGAAUGCACGGAUCAGUCUGGGAUGCCCAUCACCACCUUCACUCAGCUCCAGUUAGCAGGCAAUAAAAUCUACUAUAUUCACACCUCAGAAGAUGAGGUGAAAAUGGACAGCUUUGAGUUUGAAGUGACUGAUGGUUAUAACCCAGUAUUUCGCACUUUCCGAAUUUCCAUUAGUGAUGUGGAUAAUAAAAAGCCAGUGGUCACAAUCCAUACCCUGGUGGUGAGCGAAAGUGAAAAUAAACUGAUAACCCCCUUUGAACUGACGGUGGAAGACAGAGACACCCCUGAUAUGUUGCUUAAAUUUAUUAUCACCCAAGUGCCGGUUCACGGUCAGCUCAUGUUCAAUAACACCAAGCCGGUUACAUCCUUUACCAAACAAGAUCUGAAUGAAAAUCUUAUAAGCUACAAACAUGAUGGCACAGAGUCAGCUGAAGACAGCUUCUCUUUCACUGUUACAGAUGGGACCCAUACUGAUUUCUAUGUCUUCCCUGACACAGUGUUUGAAACAAGGAAACCCCAAACAAUGAACAUUCGGAUAAUGGCCGUGGACAAUAGUGUACCCCAAAUUGUAGUAAAUAAGGGUGCCCCUUCUCUCCGUGUUUUGACUACUGGCCACUUGGGUUUUAUGAUUACCAACAAAGUGUUCAAAGUGGAAGACAGGGACAGCUUGCACGUUACCCUCAAGAUCAGGAUCACAGAGGCUCCUCGCCAUGGCUUCCUGAUCCAUCUGGGAAAAGGCAACCAUAGUAUCACUCAGUUCACACAAGCUGAUAUUGAUGACAUGAAGAUAUGCUAUGUUUUAAGAGAAGGUGAUAACGCCACUAGUGACCUUUUCCAUUUUACCGUUGAAGAUGGUGGAGGCAAUAAGCUGAAGAGCCAGCAUUUUCGUUUGAACUGGGCCUGGAUCUCUUUAGAGAAGGAAUAUUAUUUGGUAAAUGAAGACUCUAAAUAUCUAGAUGUUGUUCUUAAGCGGAGAGGUUACCUGGGAGAAACCUCUUUUAUUAGUAUUAGCACUAAAGAUGGAACUGCUGAGAGGGAUAAAGACUUCAAAGGAAAAGCCCAGAAGCAGGUGCAAUUCAAUCCUGGCCAAACCUUAGCUACCUGGAGAGUGCGGAUUUUGAGUGAUGGUGAACAUGAGCAGUCUGAGACCUUCCAAAUUGUGCUUUCUGAGCCUGUCAUGGCUGUCCUAGAGUUUCCUGAAGUGGCUACAGUGGAAAUUAUUGACCCAGGAGAUGAAUCAACCGUUUUUAUUCCUCAAUCCACAUACACAAUUGAAGAAGACAUUGGGGAACUGUUCAUUCCUGUCAGAAGAAGUGGAGAUGUCAGCCAGGAAUUGAUGGUGAUCUGCUAUACACAGCAAGGAACAGCAACUGGUACUGUCCCAAUGUCUGUGCUGUCCUACUCAGAUUACAUAUCCAGGCCCGAGGACCAUAACAGCAUUCUCCGCUUUGACAAAGAUGAACGAGAGAAAAUGUGCCGUAUUGUCAUCAUAGAUGAUUCCCUGUAUGAAGAAGCUGAGACAUUUGAUGUUCUGCUGAGCAUGCCGAUGGGUGGAAGAAUUGGUUCGGAAUUCCCAGGGACUCAGGUUACUAUUGUGCCUGACAAAGACGAUGAACCAGCCUUCUACUUUGGAGAUGUUGAAUACUAUGUUGAUGAGAGUGCUGGCUUUGUUGAGGUGCAUGUCUGGAGAACUGGAACUGAUUUGUCCAAAGCUGCUACUGUUACAGUGAGGUCUCGCAAAACUGAACCAAUAACUGCAGAGGCUGGGGUAGACUACGUAGGCAUCAGUCGUAAUUUGGAUUUUGCCCCUGGAGUCAACAUGCAGACUUUCCGUGUGAUCAUUCUGGAUGACCUUGGACAGCCAGUAUUAGAAGGAAUUGAGAGGUUUGAGCUUGUGCUGCGAAUGCCCAUGAAUGCUAUCCUUGGAGAACCAAGCAAAGCUACCAUCUUCAUCAAUGACUCAGUCUCUGAUUUGCCUAAGAUGCAGUUUAAAGAACCUAUGUACAUUGUCAACGAAAAUGAUGAAGAGAUUUCUGCCAUGAUAUAUAGGAGCGGGGAUAUCCGCUACACAUCUACAGUACGCUGCUAUAGUCGGCAGGGUUCAGCCCAGGUAAUGAUGGACUUUGAAGAACGUCCUAACACUGACGAUUCCAUCAUCACUUUCCUUCCUGGUGAGACUGAGAAACCUUGCACCCUCAUACUUGUGGACGACUCUCUCCAUGAAGAAGAGGAGGAGCUUCGUCUGGUUCUUGGCACUCCAAGAAGUGAUUCCUCCUAUGGUGCUUCUAUUGGCGAACAAAAUGAAACCCUGAUAAGGAUCAGAGAUCAUGCAGACAAGGCCAUUAUUAAGUUUGGUGAGACCAAAUUUAGUGUCAGUGAACCAAAAGAUACAGGACAGCUGGUGGUUGUAAAAAUUCCAGUGCUUCGUCUGGGAGACACGUCAAAGGUUUCCAUUGUGAGGGUUCACACAAAGGAUGGCUCUGCCACCUCUGGAGAAGACUACCACCCCAUGUCAGAAGAAAUUGAAUUUAAGGAGGGUGAAACACAGCACAUUGUGGAGAUUGAGGUUCUUUUUGACGGUGUUAGAGAGAUGAGAGAGGCCUUCACUGUUCACCUGAAGCCUGAUGAGAACAUGGUGGCAGAGAUACAGACAGCCAAGGCCAUUGUGUACAUUGAAGAAAUGAACAGCAUGGCGGAUGUCACCUUUCCUUCAGUCCCUCAGGUUGCUUCUCUUUUGGUAUAUGAUGAUACUUCUAGAGCAAAAGACAGACCUGGUCCAGUUGCUGGCUACCCUGUUGUCUGUAUCACGGCUUGCAAUCCUAAGUAUACAGACUAUGACAAGACAGGUUCAAUAUGUGCCAGCGAGAAUAUCAAUAACACGCUGACUCGAUACCGAUGGCUGGUUAGUGCCCCUACUGGCCCUGACGGUGUGACCAGUCCAAUGAGAGAGGUUGACUUUGAUACAUUCUUCACUUCCUCCAAGAUGAUCACACUGGACUCCAUCUACUUUCAAGCUGGUUCUCGGGUUCAGUGUGCAGCUCGUGCUGUAAAUUCAGAUGGGAAUGAAGGCCUAGAGCUCAUGAGUCCCAUUGUAACAAUAAGCACAGAUGAGGGUCUUUGCCAGCCCCGGGUGCCAGGUGUGGUUGGGGCAGAGCCAUUCUCUGCCAAGCUGCGCUACACUGGACCGGAAGAUCCAGACUAUGCUAAUCUCAUCAAACUGACCAUCACAAUGCCUCAUAUUGAUGGCAUGUUACCUGUUAUCUCCACGAGGGAGCUGUCCAACUUCGAGCUAACCCUCAGCCAUGAUGGAACUAGGGUGGGAAAUCAUAAAUGCUCCAACCUGUUGGAUUACACAGAAGUGAAGACUCACCAUGGCUUCUUGACUGAUGCUACCAAAAAUCCAGAUGUGAUUGGAGAGACCAUUCCCUACCAACACAGUGCGUCAAUCAGGGGCACCGGUACUUUACGCUUCUACCGAAAUCUGAACCUGGAGGCCUGUUUAUGGGAGUUUGUCAGCUAUUAUGACAUGUCUGAGCUCCUCACUGAUUGUGGAGGCACCAUUGGGACAGAUGGACAGGUCCUCAACCUAGUGCAGUCCUAUGUGACCUUGCGAGUCCCCUUGUAUGUCUCCUAUGUUUUCCAUUCACCUGUGGGUAUAGGUGGCUGGCAGCAUUUUGACCUACAGUCUGAACUUCGGCUGACUUUUGUGUAUGACACUGCCAUCUUGUGGAAGGAUGGAAUUGGCAGCCCACCUGAAGCAGAGCUCCAAGGUUCUCUCUACCCAACCAGUAUGCGCAUCAGUGAAGAAGGGCGUUUGGUUGUCAACUUCAAGACUGAAGCCCGAUUUCAUGGUUUAUUUGUGAUGUCUCAUCCUGCCUCCACUCUGAGCUCCAUGGUUAUGUCAGCUGAUCACCCAGGCCUGACAUUUAGCCUCAGCCUUGUGCGGACUGAACCAACAUACAACCAACCAAUACAGCAAUGGAGCUUUGUUUCAGAUUUUGCGGUCCGAGACUAUUCUGGGACAUACACCGUGAAGCUGAUAGCUUGUACCACGGUGCCUCACCAGGAGUACAGUGUACCAGUGAUCUGUAGUCCUAGAGAGCCAAUCACAUUUGACCUCGAUAUCCGAUUCCAACAGGUCAGCGACCCAGUGGCUGCUGAGUUCAGCCUGAAUACCCAGAUGUUCCUCCUCUCGAAGAAGACUCUCUGGUUAUCUGAUGGCUCGAUGGGAUUUGGGCAGGAGAGUGAUGUUGCUUUCACAGAAGGUGAUAUUAUAUAUGGUCGUGUGAUGGUGGAUCCAGUACAGAACCUGGGUGAUUCCUUUUACUGUAGCAUUGAGAAGGUUUUCCUGUGCACCGGAGCGGAUGGAUAUGUACCCAAGUAUAGUCCACCAAAUGCAGAAUAUGGCUGUCUAGCUGAUUCUCCAUCCCUCUUAUAUAGAUUUAAGAUUGUGGACAAAGCUCAGCCAGAGACACAAGCCACAAGCUUUGGAAAUGUGCUUUUUAAUGCAAGACUAGCCAUAGAUGAUCCUGAGGCAAUUCCUUUAGUCAAGCAACCUGGCUCGGAUGGAUUUAAAGUAGACUCAACACCACUGUUUCAGGUGUCUUUGGGUAGAGAGUGGUACGUACAUACAAUCUACACUGUGAGAUCAAAAGAAAGUGCCAAUCGAGGUAUUGGCAAAAGAAGUGUGGAGUACCAAUAUCACUCUUUGGUCAGUGGUGGGAAUCCAGGAACUUCAAUGCAGAUACGACAGAAGAGAGGGGUCAAAGAAGCUCCAGAGCUUGCUAAAGAAAUUGGCAUAGAAAACAGCAGAGGAACUAACAUUCAGCACAUAGCUUUGGAUCGCACCAACAAGAAACAGAUCCCACAAAGAGAAGUUACAGUCAAUGGAAUUCUCCCCAGGGAGCUGAAUAACAGAAACCCAGAGGUCAACAUAAUCACCAUCACUGGUGGAGCUGCUGCCGUUUUACUUGCCAUUGGUUUAAUUGCAAUUAUUAUUUUGUUUUUCAAGCAUAAACAGAGCUCAGAGAAGAAAGAAGUCACAAAGGGUUCAGAGAGCAGUGAGCCAAUGAUGCCACCACAUAAUUACACUACUGACAGCUCUGAGGUUUGAUUCCAAGACCAUGGGAUUUGAACCUGUCUCCAGAGUGCCUUAAAGAUAAACUUGAACUGCUCCUUGUUAGCAGACGGUCACCAUUAUGCUUGGAAAUGAAAAGGAUCGUAUGGCUCUAACUGUACUUGAAAAUACUGAUUUGAGCUCUUGCUACCAUUCUCAAACAUAAAGGAAGAAUCCAACCCAAACCUCCUGUUUUGCACAGUAGGCAACCCUGAUGUCCGUACAUCAUGCGCUAACAAUAAGCUGCAGUGAAAGAAACUGCAUCGCAAGGGAGUGAUUUUUUGUUUUGUUUUUGUGUUUUCUGUCAAUUAAAAAGAGAAGAAAUUAUCCAAAGGUGCUUGUGGGCCCCUCUCGGCAAUACAAAAGGAAGUCUCUUAUUACUAUACUCUUGUCUACUUGGGAGGUGCAAUGCUGACACUCUCUGAAUGUUUCUCAGAAAGAACUUCCUUGUUGUUGUUAGUCUGUAGAGUGUGAAAAUCCCCUGGCCUGAUUCAUCCCAGUUAGAAGUCCUUCGGCUUCAGUUAAGUUACACCACUGAUGAAUUGUAUCGCUUGCGUUUAACUGACAUUUCUUCCAAAGACCAUUAGAUUAGUCACAACAGAGUUAUAAGCAGGCACAUAUGCCAGGGUACAUUACACAUUCUUCACUGGCAGAGACUGGGAACUCACAAUCAGCUAUUUGUUCUGACUUUUUUUUCUUGUUCUGUUUUUUUCCUUAUUUACGUUUAUAUAAAGCCAAAGAAUAUGAUAAUGUCCAAAAGGAAGCUUGAUUUUUACAAACGCUGGACAGUUGUGUCCUCUUAUGCUUAUAAUGGAUUAUAAAAGUAUUUGUACAGUAUUGUAUUUGUCAGUGCACAUCCAAUGGUGGGAAAUGCAUGAGUUGGUAACAUUGCAGAGUCUAGAGGAAGGAUAGUGUUAGAUUCAAAAUGCAGAAGACAAGGUUCUGUCCGAACUGAGGCUAUGAGUUGUGAUGUAGAAUUCAGUGCUUACUAGGCAGUUACCACAUUACAAGUGGCAACAAUGGGAAGAAAAUACAAACAUUUUAUGGGAGCAAGUCAUAUUUAUUAAGUUGAUGCAUAAUCAUUGUGCCUCUUGAGAAACAUGCUGUUUUAUGAGUAACUUUACUUUUGAAAGAAUAAUUUUGGUUUUCUCUGUCUUUUUGGUUAAGGUAAUAUGACAGCAGCAUGAUCUGCAGAAGACUGGAUCAGUGGUGCUUCAUUACAGUGUUUAUCCAGUUAGGGCCUGAUCCACCCAAAAGGUGUCUCUGCAGCUGCUGGCCCACAGAAUCAUAGACUAUCAGGGUUGGAAGGGACCCCUGAAGGUCAUCUAGUCCAACCCCCUGCUCGAAGCAGGACCAAUUCCCAGUUAAAUCAUCCCAGCCAGGGCUUUGUCAAGUCUGACCUUAAAAACCUCUAAGGAAGGAGAUUCUACCACCUCCCUAGGUAACGCAUUCCAGUGUUUCACCACCCUCUUAGUGAAAAAGUUUUUCCUAAUAUCCAAUCUAAACCUCCCCACUGCAACUUGAGACCAUUACUCCUCGUUCUGUCAUCUGCUACCAUUGAGAACAGUCUAGAGCCAUCCUCUUUGGAACCCCCUUUCAGGUAGUUGAAAGCAGCUAUCAAAUCCCCCCUCAUUCUUCUCUUCUGCAGGCUAAACAAUCCCAGCUCCCUCAGCCUCUCCUCAUAAGUCAUGUGUUCUAGACCCCUAAUCAUUUUUGUUGCCCUUCGCUGGACUCUCUCCAAUUUAUCCACAUCCUUCUUGUAGUGUGGGGCCCAAAACUGGACACAGUACUCCAGAUGAGGCCUCACCAAUGUUGAAUAGAGGGGAACGAUCACGUCCCUCGAUCUGCUCGCUAUGCCCCUACUUAUACAUCCCAAAAUGCCAUUGGCCUUCUUGGCAACAAGGGCACACUGCUGACUCAUAUCCAGCUUCUCGUCCACUGUCACCCCUAGGUCCUUUUCCGCAGAACUGCUGCCUAGCCAUUCGGUCCCUAGUCUGUAGCAGUGCAUUGGAUUCUUCCAUCCUAAGUGCAGGACGCUGCACUUAUCCUUAUUGAACCUCAUCAGAUUUCUUUUGGCCCAAUCCUCCAAUUUGUCUAGGUCCUUCUGUAUCCUAUCCCUCCCCUCCAGCGUAUCUACCACUCCUCCCAGUUUAGUAUCAUCCGCAAAUUUGCUGAGAAGCUCUGUCAUCUCCACAGUCUUGGGCAGUUGUCCUUGCUCUGAGCGAGUCUGACCCCUCUCUCACACUCUCAUAAAGCAGGAGUAAUUCCAUUGCAGUCAGUGGAGUUAAACCAGUGUCAGAUCAGAAUCAGGCUCUUUAUGCCAUUUCUAGAACAUCCUCUUUCUCUACUAUCGAAUCACGGAGGGACUCAUUCUGGUCUCUUUUACUCUGGAGUUACACUGAUGUGAGUCCAGUGACUUCAGAGGAGUUACUCUAGAUUUGCACCAGUGACUGAGAUCAGAAUCUAACCCACUGAUUCCUUAUGGGUUUAUCCUAAUGGGCUGUAUGAUCUAAAGACAUUUUCAGCACUCUCAGGGUAUGUCUACAGUGCAGUUAGAGACUCGCAGCUGGCCCGUGCCCAGCUUUCUCAGGCUCGCAGGACUCAGGCUAAAAGGCAGUUUAAGCCCAAGUCAGCUGGCAUGGGCCAGCCAUGAGCAUCUACUUGCAGUGUAGACUUACCCUGAGAGCCACACUCUACCUUUCUCCUGUUUAAAUCAGCCAGAAAGCGUACUGGCCUUCAAAUGUUACCAAACAUUUUUGGCCUGAAAGAGUUAUUUACAGAAGCCACCCCAUGUAUUAUAACUUUCUCCCACUAAGUUCACCAUUGAUGUGCUGUAUGUCGCUAAUGAUGUUUGUGUUUUUGAGACCCAUGUUAUAACUCAUGCCAGAUGUAUCAAAGAUUUAACUGGCAGAUAUUUUUUGCUUUUACCUCAAAUUCAGAAGUAGAUAAGUAGCAACAACAAUCUAGGGCCAAAUAUGCCUUUGUGUCUGCAUACCAAGCCCACUGAGAUCAAUGGGAGUAAUGCACAGCCAAAUGCAGAAUUUGUCCCCUAGGUUCUACAUGUACAGAGAAGAAGCAAUACAUGACUCUAUAGUAAAAUGGAACAUAUGUAAAUAAUAGCAUACAUCAGUAUUUAUAAUAGGCCUGUUUUCUACAAGCAGAGAAGUAAUUUAAAAAAAAGUUAUAAUAAAAACAGAAAUUAGGGAUUUAUCACUAGAGCUAUGUUUCUGCUUUUGAAUGUUAACAAAUAGGAAUGCCAUUUGGUAACAUUGAUACAAGAUCUUCUUGUUAUUCCUCUUAUGAAGUCAAUCCGGGACCCAUUUAUUUUACAAGCCAAAUACUGAGGCUGUUAGGCAGUGUAGUAAUUACUUUAAACAAGCCCAACGCAAUUACUAAUUACUCGGAGGACUGUGUAAGUGUACAAUAGAAAGCAGCAUAGCACCCUUAGGGUACUGGACCGGUAACUGAGCAGUUAUCCAAAUUCAGUUUAUUUAAAAUCUUUGCUUUGUUGGGGAUUAAAGUCGCUAGUGUUCUGGGUUUUUUUAAAAAAAACCACUAUAUAAAACAAUAUAGAAUCAAAGCUGCUGAUAAAAAAAAGGUGGGGGGGAAAUGAAACACUGAAAAGAUAGAUAAGUAUCAAUGAGAUGCAUGAGGUGAGAUCCUGAAAUCCUCUCUUACAAAACACCCAUUGGUUUCAGUAAGGUCUGCCAGAUUUGUGCCAUAAUUAACAAAUUGGAUUUCUUAGAAUUCAGCGGGUUAUAAAUACAUCUGUAACAGAAUGCCUUUGUAUUAUGGCUUCAGAAUCUCAGUUUUCACCACGAUCAUUUGAGGCCUAUUGACAUUUGCCCUUCUGCUUAAAAAGGGGCUUUGUGUAUAGUGAUUUGAAUAAGUGCCUCAAUCCCAGUUACUGUGCACAGAUACAUUUAUAUUUAUCUAUGCACUCAAUGAAUUAACUGUAUAUAUUUAACCUAUUUGCAGAUUUUUGUACUGAGCCUACUUUCCCAGGGAGAGCUUAUACUACCAGCAAUAACCAGCAUUGUUAGGACUUUUAUAUAGUAAUUACUGUAUUGUAAUUUGUUGUUUGGAUGCAUAUAGAUUUUGUUACACUGUCAAAAUGAUUUGCACCCAUAUUUAUUUGAAACAACUUGUUUGUUUAUGGCUGUUGUAUUUGGCAUUUAUAUCAGGAAAAAAAUAAAGCUACUUCCCCUUUUGGUUAUUAAUCAAGUAUUUAUAUGUAUCAGAUGAUUGAGAAUGGCCAGUAAUACACUACUGGGGUAAACACUGUAAUUUAUAAUUCAGACAGUCAAGCACAAAUUUACCAUAGUCUGGAAUAAACCUCUUUUUUUUUUUCA